AUGACAGCAAUAAAAUAUAUUAAUAAUGACAGAUGUGAGGGAAUGCGGCACAUGUCGGAGGCAGCGUUUUGGGGGCUGUGUCAAAAAGUGGGGACUUCACAACAGGUGGACAUUAGAAGGGAGACACAGGAUAUCAGAGAGAUGGUGGAGAAACUAAAAGAGACUAACAAUAAGGUCAUUACGAUGAUAAGCGGAAGUAGGAGAGAGGGAUUCAGACUGAAGGGAUCAGAUUUGGACAUUAUGUAUUGGCCAAACAACCACCGAGUGAUUAUGGACAUGUCUCAGUCUGAGUAUUACAACACAACCAAUACAACCUUGAUUCUCUCUGACAGUUCUGAGAGUCCACCAGGAUUCACUUUACUUCAGUUACUGACACCAACAACAAUAAGUGAGGUCCAAUCAUCAUGUGUCAGAAUGAAUGACAGAGUCUAUAUAUCUAGUUCUACAUACAGACAGUUAACUCGUUCUGAAAUAUUUCUUUAUUCUACUGUACAUGGACCCUGUGGUAGUGGUGUUAGAGCAGGAGUAGAAUAUGACACUGCCCACUGUUUUGUUUCUGAAUUUUGGCCUCUGUCUGCUUCCUCGUGGUUACAAAGAUGUCAGUCAUGGCCUCAUCCUGAAGUUGUUAAUGACAUUGUCAGAAAUGGAUGUCACUUUGUAGCAAUAGGACACCCAUUAGGGCCACAUGAACAUAAAGAAUGGAGACUUUCUUUUUCUCGGGCAGAAUAUAAACUUGUGAACUCAAUGAACCACUGUCAGUUUUUGACAUAUGGUUUGUUAAAGCUUUUUUUAAAAGAAGUUAUAGAUCAACAAUCAGAAGAAACCAACGAACUGUUGUGUUCCUAUCACAUGAAGACAACAGUUUUCUGGGCGAUUCAACAAAACACAUUACAUCACUGGUGUCCACAAAAUCUCCUGGUUGGUUUCUGGGUCUGCUUUAAACUCCUCCUUAAAUGGGUUUAUGAGGGAGUUUGUCCAAACCUUUUCAUUCCACAAAACAACAUGUUUCUAACAAAGGUGCAUGGCUCAGCACAAAACAGAUUGUUCCUACAGUUACAUGAAUUGUACAAGAAAGGUCUAGCUUGUCUGUUACAGAGUUCCUCUAUCAGGUCCUACAUUAUUGAUGUCCUUUGCAAUCCUAGACUUUCUAUUUGUACAGAUGAAAGUCUGAUGAAGUGCGAAGUUGAUUAUGAUGUAGAACUUGUCAAAGAGUCAUCUAAUGGUGUUUCAUGUAAAGAUGAUCUAUGUGACCUUGCCAAAGUCAUACACAUUAUUGGCCAGCUGGUAUGUUUACCCCUGACACAGAAUGAAAUUGUCAUGUUACAGAAAGUUACAUGCCUCCUCGUUCAGAACACUGCUUUUGUAUUACAUAACACUUAUAAUAACACAAGUGUUAAAGUAAAUAAACAAAUGUAUAUUGCUGAGAAAAUGUCCUGUCACAUGCUGAAAUUAGCAGCCAAGUUCGGUAUUGUUUCUGACAUGUUGUACAUUGCCAUGUAUUAUUACAAGACACUUAGAUACAGGGAAGCCCUAUCUGUUAUAGAGAUGACAAAGGUCAAGCUAGCACAGCCAUAUCUGAUGUAUAAUGGUCGUGUAGACAGAGAGAGGUAUACUGAGGCUGUAGGGGGACAUUCCUGGUCUACAAAGAUGAGACAGGCUGUAGCAGGGGAUAUCUUACUUAGCAAUCUAAUCUGUUACAUCAGUGAACUAAUACCAGAGCAACAGUCUGCCCUUCAGAGCAAAUGGCCUAUAUUAACUAUCCCAGUGUUUGUAAUGUUACACUUCCUAGAGUUCUUGUGUUACAGACACAUUAAUACAACAUUAUCACAAGCAGCUUUAGAUGAGCUACAGGUCCUAGUCCACCAUGAUCAGGGACUGUAUGUAGCUGAAAAUUACAGAGACAUCUCCUGGGAGAUCCUGGGGAUCUGUCAACAGAUCACAGGAAACCUCCAGGCUGCUCUAGACUCAUACCAACAGUCACUCACACAGUAUCCAUACCACAACAUACAAUCUGCUACAACCAGGAGAACUCGUGAUAUAGGAGGAGCAACCUCACAUUCACAAAUUUGAUACAUAUUUUUUGGAAAAUCAGUCUAAAAUGAAAAGUUAGGGAGUGAUAUAAAUGUAUAGAUUUUUUCACAGAUUAAAACAUAAUGCGAUCAUGGCAUUUCAAUGUAUCUGAAUUCCUGAAAAUAUAUGAAGAUCAUUUCUAAUUGUGAA